UUGCAAAACCUGGAUAAUUUUGUUGUUGUUAAAUUUUUCCUACAAUACAAAGCACAUCAUUCCAGCGCUCCCUAAUGAGGGAAUAAACUCUUGACGCGCCUCGGAAGUAAAGCGAUGCCCGACGAAGCUGUGCAAGACGGCUCCAGCUGCCCCGUGUCUCCGGCGGACAGCGUUCCGAGCAGCAGCGAAGGCGAGCUCGAGCGGCACACCAAGAAGAGCGCGCGGAAAAGACGUUCGAGCCGCAAGGACGCAGAGGACUCGGACAGCUCCGUGCCGGGGAAACGAGGAAAGAAGUCGUGCAGUGGAAGCGGGGGAAGCAGCGGCAGCCCACCGUCUCUCGAGGAACUUCACUCACAGCGUGUCAUGGCUAACGUGCGCGAGCGGCAGAGGACGCAGUCCCUGAACGAGGCCUUCGCCGCGCUGCGUAAGAUCAUCCCCACGCUCCCUUCUGACAAGCUCAGCAAGAUCCAGACACUUAAGCUCGCCGCGCGCUACAUCGACUUCCUGUACCAGGUGCUGCAGAGCGACGAACUCGACUCAAAGAUGGCAAGCUGCAGCUACGUGGCCCACGAGCGCCUCAGCUACGCGUUCUCCGUCUGGCGCAUGGAGGGCGCGUGGUCCAUGUCGGCGUCUCACUAGCGCGCGCCACAAACCCAACGCGCGUGAGACAAAUCGGGGCGCUGAACGGUGAAAGUCAAGACAAGCAUGGAGCGAUGUUUGAAAACAAUGCUGGAUACUUUUACAUAGUGGGAAAAGACUUUCAUGGACGCUUUAGCAGCGGAAAGCAGAACUUUUCGGAAAGGAGGCCGCAGAUGAUGCCUCCUGAAACCGCCUAGCCCAAAGUUAUCAUUUUGACGCUGAAUGUCUAAAAUGUGUGUCACGAUGCGCACCUUUACCACAUGAACAGCAGAAACCGCAAACUGCAUCCAGGAACUAGUUCCGAAGAUUUCUUUUGGUACUGAAGUGAAUUAGGACGUGGAGUUCGAACUUUAUUUAUUUAUUAUUGACACGAGUUGUCAAAUGUGCCAAUUGUGUUUGUGUCAAAAAUGAAUCCCUAUUUUUAUUACUUUUGUAAAUAAUUGUGCAUUUCUGUAAUAAA